AUCAAAGUCUCACAUAUCCUUAACAAUAUUCAAAUCUUGUUUCACAAGCUUCAUCUCCAGAGCAUCGAUGGCUCGUACCAAACAAACAGCCCGUAAAUCUACUGGCGGCAAGGCUCCUCGGAAGCAAUUGGCUACUAAGGCCGCUCGAAAGUCGGCUCCGGCGACUGGAGGAGUAAAGAAACCCCACAGAUUCAGGCCGGGGACAGUGGCACUAAGAGAGAUCCGAAAGUAUCAGAAGAGCACGGAACUUCUGAUCCGAAAGCUUCCAUUCCAAAGGCUAGUUAGAGAAAUCGCUCAGGAUUUCAAGACUGAUCUUCGGUUCCAAAGCAGCGCUGUUUCGGCACUGCAGGAAGCGGCAGAGGCUUAUCUUGUGGGAUUGUUUGAAGAUACUAACCUGUGUGCGAUUCAUGCUAAGAGAGUAACCAUUAUGCCUAAAGACAUUCAAUUAGCCAGACGGAUUAGAGGCGAGAGAGCUUAGAGAUCUACUGAUGAAUCAUCAUUUUGGCGUUUGAUAUGUAGAAUCCUUGCGUAGUUCAAUCUUGUCUAGUUCUUACUUAUUUUUCUGGAUCUUUUUGUUUCUUAGAAAUGCAAUCGUGUUUUAUGGCAAGUUUGGUGUAUGAUUUAAAUCUAAUAGCUAAUUUAAUUUUUUCACCAA